AGCGGCUGCUGCUCCGGAGGCCGCAGUCCCGGUCCUGGCUUCGCCUCCAGCUCCACCAUGGUGACGCUCGCUGAGCUGCUGGUGCUCCUGACCGCCCUCCUGGCCACGGCCUCUGGCUACUUCGUCAGCAUCGACGCGCAUGCCGAGGAGUGCUUCUUCGAGCGGGUCACCUCGGGCACCAAGAUGGGCCUGAUCUUCGAGGUGGCCGAGGGCGGCUUCCUGGACAUCGACGUGGAGAUCACAGGGCCUGAUAAUAAAGGAAUUUAUAAAGGAGAUCGAGAGUCCAGUGGGAAGUACACAUUUGCUGCUCAUAUGGAUGGUACAUACAAAUUUUGUUUUAGCAAUAGGAUGUCCACCAUGACUCCAAAGAUAGUGAUGUUUACCACUGAUAUCGGGGAGGCCCCAAAAGGACAAGACAUGGAAACAGAAGCUCACCAGAACAAGCUAGAAGAAAUGAUUAAUGAGCUAGCAGCGGCGAUGACAGCUGUAAAACAUGAACAAGAGUACAUGGAAGUUCGGGAAAGAAUACACAGAGCAAUCAACGACAACACAAACAGCAGAGUGGUCCCCCGGCCCUUCUUUGAAGCUCUUGUUUUAGUUGCCAUGACAUUGGGACCGAUCUACUACCUGAAGAGAUUUUUUGAAGUCCAGAGGGUUGUUUAAAAAGCCUUUUCCUGAUGAUCUCAAACUCCUAAUUCACUGUUUACCAAACAUUUUGUUCAUAGUGUCAUUAGUUUCUACAUUUUUAUUUUCUGAACUGUACCUUCACAGCUUAUGUUU